UUUAAACUUUUAUUGCUUUCGAUUCGCACGUCUCUGUAAAUUCUCUUAGACAGAGCAUGCGCAUGAAUAGUUUGCAUUCACACUGGUUACGCGCUCACAGCUGUUAGGUACACAUCUCUGCGCUCUUAUAUCACUUCGUUUAUGUUUAUUUAUUUCGCAGAUGCUGAUUUAAAAUUUUUGUUGUUGUAUUACCUAACGUAAUUGACUCUACUCGUUCGUUCACUUCGCACUCAUGCGCUCACUCAAAUAGCGCAGGGCACUCAUUUGUGUACAACUUGUUACCUACUUGUUUCGCAGCUCUUAUGCAUACACAUGUAUAAUUCGUAUACUCGUACCUGGUGGAGUGCGAGCGAGUGUAUUUAGUUUGUUGGGGCUUUGCGAGGGGCGCCCAGUGGGCAUCGCGUGAGCCAACUGGCGUUCGGUGUGCCACUCCGUGCACGUUUACACUCGCCGAGAAUUUUACUACGCUGUUCGGUGGCAUUUAAGGCAGACAGUCAGGCUAUUAGCCAGUGUUUGCUUCGUUUUGUAGUGACAAACCGUGCACUGCUCGUAGAAACGUUGACGAAUUCGCUUGUGUGUUUAAGAGCGGAACAGAAACUCGAAACUUUAGAAUUAUAAUUUUUUUGCUUUAAUUAAAUAAUCAACUCAUUUAAAAAAUUGUGGUUGAAAACUAAGCAAACAAGUGAUUCUAAACUUAUACUUCGUGCAAAUAUAUAGUAAUAAUUUUAAGGAAAUAGAAAAUUAUUAUUCUACAAAGAAAUACAAACAACUGUAAGCAAAGUGUAUUUAUAAUAUUAUUAUCGAAAGCAUGAAAACGCUUUUCUACUAAGUGCGGUAAACAAAAUUGCUAAAAGCUCAAAAUAAAAAAAAGUUGCAACUCAUUAAAAUCUGCAAAGCACUCGAAAAACGUUCGCGAAGAAAGCAUUAAUUAAAGAAAAGAAGCGCAAAUGUCAAAAAGAUCGGGUGUUGUGUCAACGGCGAAUAUCUUUCAUUACAAUACGGUUAUAUUUUUGACGUGCCUCCGCCUGCCAAAGUGCUAUCUGUUUUGUGAAAAAAUGAAAAAUUUUAAUUUAUAAAUAUCUAUUAUUUGUACUAUAUUUUCACUGAACGAGUCGUAAAUCACCAAAAAUACUCAGAAAGUUAAAAUUGCGAAAAUUGAAAAAAGCAAAACGCAGAAUUAAGCAUUUAAGCAAUCUUGAGAACAACAAUGAGAUUUAUUCACUUGCACAAUACGAGGCAAGAAGCUUAAAGUGGAGACAAGCGACAGUGAAAGCAAUCAAAGCAACAUUGGCGAUAGCUGUGGCAACAACAAUCUCACAAAGAAAAUCAACGAUAACAGCAACUGCAACAACAACGAUAACUCAACUGACGACUAUAACGGAAAUUAUUAGAGUGCAGUAAAGAAUCAAAACUGAAACAAGAACAAGAAAAUCCAGAAAUCCUUAAUAAAUCUUGCAAAAUUGCGUUGCAUUCGAUCAAAGCAGCCAACUCACCACCGUCAACGCAUACAGACCUAACCACCGACAACAACGAUCUCAACGAGGAUCGAAAUAUAAACAUAACCAACAACAACAAUACAACUAAUAAAUUAUGUUCCUCCAUUAAACGCGAAAAACGUGUGCAAUUAAUGCAAAUCCCUCUAUUACCAUUACCACUACCUCAGGCAACACUAAUUGCGCAGCCACACCCCAUUAGAUAAUACCACGAAAUUGAUCGACUCUAAUAAAACGAUUGUAUGUGAAAAGUCACUUUCUCCAUUGCGUCAGAAUUUACAAUCGAAUUGUUUAAACGGCAGCGACAAUAAAACCAACAACAACAAUAAUAACACUAGUGUCUCGAGCAAUAAGAAUUUGCUUCUAGCAAAAUCGCUGAAGAAACGCCCAAGUCGGUCACCGCAUCGGUAUUUCGUCCGGCUACAUUGGCCGAUUUGAGCGGUACACAUACAACAACGGCAACAGCAACGCCGCUAUCGCCGCCACUACCAACGCUCGUACCAUCGACUACGAGCACUUCGUCGGUAUUUGUGAAUGCAGCAAAUGCACCGUCGUUGCCGCCGUUGAACGCCGCUCCGCGCGCCCAAUCGGUAACGGCUUCUGUAUUUACGCCGAUUUCGCAGUUGUUGCUCAAAGAGGAACCCGAUGAUUUGGCACACCUGGCUCCAGCUGCUGUUGAUGCUUGCAUGCGCCUCGAUGACCCUGUACCAUUUUGUGGUGAAAUGCUAUUAGGUCUGUGCUCUUACUCCUAUGGCAGUUUCCUGCCCGAUGAUUACAGUUCACUCGAUUCCAAUACGAGCUCCUCAUCGCCAGAUACACCAAAUCAAAAUAGCAACAACAGCGCUAUUAAUAACAGCAAUAACAAUCAUAACAGUAAUAGCAUUAACAAAAUCGGCUUGAGUAGUCCCACACAUCAACAGAAUUGUAAUAGUAAUUUAAAUGCUGGCACAUUGCAUAAUAACAACAGCAAUAGCAAUAAUUUAUGCAACAAACCAGUUGUACACAUCGAUCCAUUCAUAAACUAUAGGGAGGAAUCGAAUGACACCAACUGUUCGCAGCAUUUACUCUCGCCCAGCGUGGCAUCAAAGAGUCCUGAAGCAAGCAGUCUACCAUCGCUCUGCAGUCCCAACUCCCUCAGUCAGGAUGAUGGAUUUGCAUUUAUGACAAUGAGCGUUGACGAAGACAUAGACAUGAGUAUGCGUGCACCAUAUAUUCCAAUGAACGAGCAAGAGGAUUUGCCACUCCUCACUGCCGACGAUCUGAUGUGGUGCGCCAGCAAUGGCCUCGGCAGCGAAGAGCUGAACAAUCAAAAGGAUGUCGACGCCACGUUGCAACAAUUGCAAUUGCAACAACAACAGUCUAGCGAAAGCAACCACAACCUCUUGAAUGGCUAUCAUGAUGCUCAACACAUCAGUCAAUCACAUUUCAAUUCAUUGUGCUCUUCACCUGCAUCGACCGUUUCAUCACUAUCACCGUCACCGGUGAAUCAUCAACAACAACAACAGCAACAGCAGCAGCAGCAACAACAACAACUGCAAGAUACAAGUUGUGUUUAUAGUACGGACACUAGUGAAUUGGCGGCGCUGCUUUGUGGCUCCGGUAACGGCACUUUAUCAAUUCUGAAUAAUAAUUGUGGUGGUGGUAGUAGUGGUGGUGCAGAGGAUCGUAAUGUUGCUUUGCAGCAGCAACAACAACAACAACAACAACAGCAGACACAUUGCGUUGAUUUUCGUUUGCAGUUGCAACAAGAGUUGGCCGCCGAACAGCAAGAGCAGCAACGGCAGCUGCAACUGCUCGGCUUGAACAUAGAUUGCAAGAAGGAGAGUUCACUGUCGCCGAGCUUAUGUGAUUCGCUGGAGGACACCUUUGACAAUGUUUACAGUAAGGAUUCUACGAAUCUUGAUUGCUGGAAUGAGUUGUUGCAAAUCAAUGUCAGCGACACUUCAUCCUCAGCAUCGCCCUCGCCUGUGGCAUCGUUAAACUCGCCAACUCAGCAACAACAACAACAGCAUAAGCUGGACAAUAGCAAAUCACACUUGCGCCUGGAGCAACAUCUGUCGUCGCCGCAGCAGCAGCAACAGCACAAUAUAAUUUUGAAUGCCGUGCCAUUGAUAACAAUACAAGACACUAAGAAUAUUUUGUUGCAACAGCAGCAGCAGCAGCAACAACAACAACAACUCAAUAUCAGCAAUAAAAUGCUAAUAAAAGAUGAAAUGUUGCCAGCGAAUCGUGGUGGUCAUAAAGUCACAACAAUCAAGUUGUUGAAUGGCCAAGCAACAACAAUGACAACACCAACAAUUGGUACAAGCGGUGCCACAGUGCGUAUGAUUGAUAUUAAACAGCAGCACGGACAACAAAGGCAAAACCAGCAACAACAACAACAACAGUCGCAUAAACGACAUUUGGUGAGCUCCAUGCCCAGCACACAGCUGGAGAGCAAGCGCAUGAAGAGCACUGCAAUGGACUUGCAGUCUGUGCCACAGCUGCUGCAACAACUAGUAUCGCCCUUGCAGCCGCAACACUUGAAGGGGCAACAACAAAAACUGCAACAACAGCAGCAGGCACGCAAAGCCAACAGUAGCGUGUCGCGUUGGGUCACCGCCGCCGAGCUAAAAGCCAACUGCAAUGGCAUGCAACAACCGCAACCACAAUCAAAUUCAGUGCUGAAGAAUUUGCUAAUUAGCGGCUGCGAUACACCUACCUUUACUAAGGAGAGCGGUAUGCUCAUGGAUGAAGACUCAUUGGGUCAAGCACCAUCUCCACCACCGUCGGCCAUGUCGCCAUCACUCAUUAAACCUUUACAUUGUCAAACAUCGACGGCUGCAUUGUUACGCAACUAUCGUCACAAUCCCAUGAUUGGCGGUCCCGGUGUGUUGCCAUCACCACUAUUUGGAGCGGCUAGCAGUAACGAUAGUUCUAUCGGCAGCAGCAGCGGCGAACUAAGCCCACCUGGCCUUACACCGGCCGACACGGAAUCGACUUCGGACAGCGGCAUAGACGAAAUUAGCAUGAUUGAAACCUCCUCACCGAUUAAAAUACAAUUGGAACAACCUAGCAGCCCACAUUUCGAGACGUCGACAAGCGGUUGCUCGGCCGCCACCAAGGAUAUGCUUUUAAUGAAAUGCUUGAACAGCAAAGCGGCCAAAAAGCGUGCAUUGCUCAGUGAGGUACAAGCGAAACAACAACAACAAACACCACCUGCUGGCAACGGUAUUGCCAGUUUAGGCGAGACGACGACCAAUAGUCCUGCUGGCGGUCGUAAGGGUUCGCUAACAUCUUUCAUCGAUAAUAUGAAUCCACUCAUGGAACCGUUUAUAAUGGAUUUAUGUAAUGAUGAUUACGCUGUGCCAACCGAGCCAUUGUUAGGACCAACUGAAAUUGAUAAUGUGCUUAACAACUGGAGCCACGAGAUGGCCUAGUCAGCGGUGAACGUAGGCCAUACUAAAACUAUACGGAAAAUACGAACCAAACAUUUACACACGACAAAGACGAAAUCGUCGAAGAGACGAUGACAAGGCAGACGAAAUAGGGAAAAUAUUGGGGGUUAAGAAAGAGCUUUAUAACAUAUUCAAUGCAUUUACACACGUACAUAUGUAAAAGGUAGGGAGAUGCUAAAAUAAUUGUAUAGGUUGUGGGGAAAAACAAUUGGCGCACGCACAAAACAGAUUGUAACGGGGUAACUGUAAAUAAAGCCAUCAUUCGGAAGUUUUCGGAAGAACUGUGGUCGACAUUAACAAAUACCUUGUGCAAACAAGAAGCGAUGGCUGAAGCAUUAUUCAAUUGUUGGCGCCGGUGACAGAGGAUAUCGCUAUUGAGAAAAGAAAAGAAAACUAAAAGCGAUCCUUCGUCACCGAAUUUUGCUCUUUUAUUUUGAAAAUUCGAUUAGUUGUGCUGUUAAACCUGGAAAAGCUCAUUUUGGCUAUAAUUUGUUGUUGACGAAUAGCAAGCUCGAGCUUUUGGAUUUGCGUAAUAGGCUUAGAGAAUACGCAAAACGGGAUAGGAAGGAAAAUUUGAGAAAGGAAUAUUUUUACGAAUACUUUAUUUUCUUACGGGACAGUUACCAACAAACACACACAUAAUGCAAUUAAUUUGGUUUCAGGUAAAGAGAAAUAGAAACAAUAGAGAAUAUAGAAAUACCAUCACACUUAAUGAAUACAGCAAAAAGGUUUACAGACCACUGAGUAGGAACAACAUAACAACUUUUAAAGCUCACACCUCAAAAAAAAAAAAUUUAUAUUAUAAUAUUGGAAUGUAUAAACGCUUGAAAAGCUGUUCGGUUUAAAAAUAUUUGGCUGGCAUAAAUAAAGCGAUUUUUUGAAGGACAAUUUCAUUUCGAAAACAUUACAGAUGAACCUAGAGAACAUGUUUCGAGACAAGUUAAAAUUGAAGGGAUUCCCAUGAAGCAUAUACGCAUAAGUUUUUGUUUUUUUAAUUUUGUUAAAAUUACUUGCAAAACCAAACAGUUUCUUACAGUACGUGUUACGAAUUGUUCCAAAAAUGUUGAAAAACAUGCAUGUGCGAUUUUUUCAAAUCGCUUAGGCUCGCUUCAUUUAUGCUGGCAGAACGCUUCUUCAAGCAAUAAUCUAAACAAUUGAGUGCUGGACUGUUAUUUCUUAAUUUUUUCAAGUUUAAAAAUUUUAAUCGUUUUUGGAUUUUUCUUAAGUUUAUGUAAUUUUCGAAAAAUAUUAAAGGUAACCAAGCAGCACAUACAUACAAUCAUAUAGCAACAACUUUUAACCGAAUCAAGAACCCACAUAGAAAUAAUAAGAAAUUUGUGUAGUCAGCAGUAAAAAAUAAAAAAAUAAAAGAAAUAACAACAAAUAGAACAGCAGUAAAUAUACAUUUAAAAACUUUGUUAGUCUUAACUUUUUACUGCCCAAAACAGAAGUAAACAUUGCGAUUAGUUAUGUAAGUGCAAAUCUUUAUAUAGUACGUACAAACAUAUAUGAAAAUUGAAAAAAGUUAACACAAAGUUAA